AUGCCAGUCAGCGCUCUACGAUCCUCGGCUGGCAAAGGGUUUUUGAAUGGAUGCCCGAGGAUGUCGCCAUUGAUCUUUAUAUUCAUCCAGAUUGGAUUAGCACAAUCCGGAGAUGAAGACCUCACGGAUCUGCAGAUGCCAACCCGCAUAGCUGCAUUACCAAUGCCCUUCCCGCUGCUUUCACCGCAUAAUCUACUGUAUUUCGUACCGUUGGCGAUUUUCCUGCUCAUCCAUACAAAGACGAUCCCCGAGAUCCAGCCAAGAAUUAGA